AUGCUCGAGUAUCUCAUGCGCUCUGUUGCCAACUGUGGCCGAAUCUUUAAUCGAGUUCAAUCACCAAUUCUGGUUCAGAGUAGAACUCUGAUGAAAACUCAUAAAGGUACUGCCAAAAGAUGGAAAAAGACGUCUACAAGCUACAAGAGGGGACGUGCUGGUAGAAACCACGGUAACGCCGGAUGGAGCAGGUCAUCCUUGAAAUCAUUGAGCGGGAAGACGCUAGCACACUCUACUCACAUAAAGCAUCUGAAAAGACUGCUUCCGUAUCAAUGA